AUGGUCGGUUUAGGUCCAAAUCAAGCAGAAUCUAUAGGGUCUCAACGUCCGGAUCAUUUCCGUGAACUUGAGCGAAGGAGAGACCGAAAGGAAAGUGUAUGCACUACCCACACCAAUAAGAGUCAGUCUCGGGGAAGAAACCAUGUCUCUCAUGAGGAGAAUGCUAGAAACAUGCAAAAGAAGAUUGAUCACCUAAAAAGAAAAUUACACCACGAGCGCAGAAGAAACAGUGAUUCAUCCUCGAGGGACCUGGUAAAUGAUGCCCUAAGUAAAGCACUCAACCAAAUCUCCAAAUCGCCUUUCACACACUGGAUUGAGGAAGGGAAACUCCCUCGGCGGUUUAUUCAACCCACUUUCACCUUGUAUAACGGCAGGACUGAUCCUAUUGAAUAUGUUAGCCACUUUAAUCAAAAUAUGGCUGUACAUUCCAAGAAUGAAGCCUUGAUGUGCAAGAUUUUCCCAUCUAAUUUGGGGCCUGUGGCGAUGAGGUGGUUUGAUGGUUUGAAGGCAGGUUCCAUCGACUCUUUUAAGGAACUCACUCGAACAAUUGGGUCUCGUUUUAUCACAUGCAGCCAAGCUCCUCGCCCUUUGGCUUCCUUGCUAUCUCUAUCCAUGAGAGAAGGAGAAACUUUGAAAACAUACUUAGAUAGGUAUUGGGAAAUGGUCAACGAGGUAGAUGGUGAUUUUGAAGAUGUAGCCGUUAACACUUUCAAACUCGGCUUGCCUGCUGAGCACGGCCUGAGAAAGUCUUUGACGGGGAAACCUGUUACUGGUAUACGUCAGCUCAUGGAUCAGAUUGAUAAGUAUAAGAGUUUUCAGGAAGAUCACCCUCGGGAGAUGAGGGAUUUCAGGUCGGACCGCUGUAAUAAUAACAGACCCCAAAGAGAUUUUUCAGGACAAUCUGGGCCUGCAGACCCUCAAGUGGUAAACGCUGUGUUCUGA